AGUAGCAACAUGGAUGGACAGAUGGUAAUCCAAAUGCAGCUGCAGACAUUGAAAGAUGUAUGGGGGACUGUCAACAGUACAGCCACUAGAUGUCUCAGUGUUUUAAAGGCUGUGAUCAAUCAGUGGAAUGAGCACACUGAGAGGAAAAAUCAAAUGGAGCAGUGGCUUGAGUCUGUGGAUCAUAAAUUGGAACAACCUCUUCAGCCUCAGAAUGGGCUGAAGGAGAAAUUUGCUGUGCUAGAUCACAUUCAAGCUGUCUUAUCUGAUGUAGAAGAUCACUCAACAACGCUACAUCAUCUCAUUGAAAAGACCAAGGAAUUACACCAGAAAACUGAGGACCCUUCCUUCUCUGACAUCGUCCAAAGUGAUCUGAAAAUGCACUUCAAUGACAUUAUGACUGUUGCCAAAGAAAAAAUGAGGAACAUUGAGGACAUAGUGAAGGAUCAUUUGCUUUACCUGGAUGCAGUACAUGAAUUCACAGAUUGGCUGCACUCAGCAAAAGAAGAACUUCACCGUUGGUCUGAUGCCUCAGGAGAUUCUUUUGCCAUCCAAAAGAAAGUCACAAAAGUUAAGGAGUUGAUGGAUUCCAGACAGACUGGAGCUGAACGCCUAAGCAAAGUUGAAACUCUGGCUCCUGCAGUGAAGAAGAACACCACAUCUAGUGGAUGUGAACAGAUAGACGCAGAGAUCCAGGGCCUGCAAACAGACUGGAAGCAGUGGGAGGAGAGUGUCAGUCAAAGUAAAAACACUUUGGAAACGCUUUUAAAUCAAAUGGCCAUCUCGGAACAGGAAUUCACAUCCCAGGUCUCGAAACUGGAAGAUGCAGUCCAAGACUUCAGUGUCUUUCUGGAAAAGUGGGCUCAGAAGCUGAUGCAAGGGGAAGGCAAGAAUACGGACAGAGAAAUAGUGGAACACUGGCACAGACAGAAGGAUGCUCUCAACGCCCUCACUGAAGCUGAACAUAUAACAGAAGACUUGAAAACUCAACUUAAUGACCUCUGCAGAUUUACAAAAGACUUAAGUGUCUAUUCUUCCAAAGUGUCUGCUCUCAUUAAAGAAUAUAACAGACUUUGCUUGCAAGCCUCAAAGGCCUGCCAAAGUAAGGAGCAAACUUUACAGCAGAGAUUCCGCACAGCCUUCCGGGACUUUCAGCAGUGGCUGGUAAAUGCAAAAGUGAUGACUGCCAAGUGUUUCAAUGUUCAUGAAAGUAUUACUGAAGCAUCAGCCAGUCUGGAGAGAAUUCAAGAGUGCCUUUCAGAGAGUGAAAGUGGUCAACAAAAACUACAAAUAGUAACAUCUAGAGGUGAACUUUUGUGCAGUAUUAUGCCUGAAGAGAAAAUUAAAAAUAUCCAACAAAAGGUCCAUACAGCAAAAAAUGAUUGGAAAAGCUUCAUCUCAUCUCUUCAUCAGAAAGAAUCUGCUUUAGAGAAUCUAAAAGUACAAAUGAGAGACUUUGAAUCAAGUGCUCAGCCAGUUCAGGAGUGGCUCAGCAAUACUGAUCGAAUAGUUCAAGACAGUAAUAAUCGCCUGCAUGAUCUGCCCUCUAAAAGAAAGGAACAGCAGAAGCUGCAGUCUAUCCUGGAAGAAAUAGCUUGUCAUGAGCCACAGAUCACCAGACUAAAAGAAAAAGCUCAGCAGUUGAGGGAAGGACAGUCUGCCAGCAAAACCUGUGCGCACAGGGUGUCUCAGCUGUCUGCUCAAUACCUAGCUUUAAACAAUCUAACCAAGGUAAUUGUUCACCAUUUGUGCUUGCUGCUUGUGUCUUUAUUGCUAUGCCUGAUGUUAUCUAAUGAAGCAUGGAUUGUUUUAACUGCCUGAACAGU